GGAGCCCGAGAGCCCCAGCAGCCCUCGGGGCGCGAAAGGCAACCUGGGAGCGGUAGUUCUCCUGGGCGCCUAGUAUUGUCGUCCACGCGGCAGUAGCGGCUUCUACCGCUCCAAGCCAGCGGGUCCUGUGAAGGCGAGCAGACGCGGAGAAAGGACGCGGGAGUGAGAGAGGGUGAGUCAGCUACUGUCUAAACGAUAAAGGGAGGCAGCUCCGCAGGGUAGGGCUGAAUUCAGUAAAUGGGCUCGUGCUGCGGUCUUUUGGGAGACGCUGCUAUCUUAGCGUCAGCGAGGGAAGGUUGAGGAGGAGCCAGAGCCGGGUCCGGCAGCCUUUCUCGCCAUCAGCGCCCGUCGCCAUCUCCACCAUGCAGUCCCGGGAAGACGCCCCGCGCUCUCGCCGCCUCGCCAGCCCCCGUGGUGGGAAGCGGCCCAAGAAGAUUCACAAACCCACAGUUUCGGCCUUUUUCACGGGUCCAGAGGAAUUAAAGGACACGGCCCAUUCUGCAGCCCUACUGGCACAGCUCAAGUCCUUCUACGAUGCGCGGCAGCUGUGUGAUGUGACCAUCGAGGUGGUGACGCCUGGCAGCGGGCCUGGCACGGGUCGCCUCUUCCCCUGCAACCGCAAUGUGCUGGCCGCCGCGUGUCCCUACUUCAAGAGCAUGUUCACAGGUGGCAUGUACGAGAGCCAGCAGACCAGCGUGACCAUGCACGAUGUGGACGCCGAGUCCUUCGAGGUGUUGGUCGACUACUGCUACACGGGUCGUGUGUCUCUCAGUGAGGCCAACGUCGAGCGCCUGUACGCGGCCUCCGACAUGCUACAGCUGGAGUAUGUGCGGGAAGCCUGUGCCUCCUUCUUAGCCCGACGUCUUGACCUGACCAACUGCACGGCCAUCCUCAAGUUUGCAGACGCCUUUGGGCAUCGCAAGCUGCGAUCCCAGGCCCAGUCCUAUAUAGCUCAGAACUUCAAGCAGCUCAGCCACAUGGGUUCAAUUCGGGAGGAGACUCUAGCAGAUCUGACCCUGGCCCAACUGCUGGCUGUCCUACGCUUGGAUAGUCUGGACGUGGAGAGUGAGCAGACAGUGUGCCACGUGGCAGUGCAGUGGCUGGAGGCUGCUCCCAAAGAGCGGGGUCCCAGUGCUGCAGAAGUCUUCAAGUGCGUGCGCUGGAUGCACUUCACUGAAGAAGAUCAGGACUACUUAGAAGGGCUGCUGACCAAGCCCAUCGUGAAGAAGUACUGCCUGGACGUUAUUGAAGGGGCCCUGCAGAUGCGCUAUGGUGACCUGUUGUACAAGUCUCUGGUGCCAGUGCCAAACAGCAGCAGCAGCAGUAGCAGCAGCAACUCUCUUGUAUCUGCAGCAGAAAAUCCACCCCAGAGACUGGGUAUGUGUGCCAAGGAGAUGGUGAUCUUCUUUGGACACCCCAGAGAUCCCUUUCUCUGCUGUGAUCCAUACUCGGGGGACCUUUACAAAGUGCCGUCACCUUUGACCUGUCUGGCUCACACUAGGACUGUCACCACCUUAGCUGUCUGUAUCUCUCCUGACCAUGACAUCUAUCUAGCUGCCCAGCCCAGGACAGACCUCUGGGUGUAUAAACCAGCUCAGAAUAGUUGGCAGCAACUUGCAGAUCGCUUGCUGUGUCGUGAGGGCAUGGAUGUGGCAUAUCUCAAUGGCUACAUCUACAUUUUGGGGGGGCGAGACCCUAUUACUGGAGUUAAAUUGAAGGAAGUGGAAUGCUACAAUGUUAAGAGAAACCAGUGGGCAUUGGUGGCUCCACUGCCCCAUUCUUUUUUAUCCUUUGACCUAAUGGUAAUUCGGGACUAUCUCUAUGCUCUCAACAGUAAGCGCAUGUUCUGUUAUGAUCCUAGCCAUAAUAUGUGGUUGAAGUGCGUUUCUCUGAAGCGCAAUGACUUUCAGGAAGCGUGCGUCUUCAAUGAGGAGAUCUAUUGUAUCUGUGACAUCCCAGUCAUGAAGGUCUACAACCCAGUUAGGGCAGAAUGGAGGCAAAUGAAUAAUAUUCCCUUGGUGUCAGAGACCAACAACUACCGGAUUAUCAAGCAUGGCCAAAAAUUGUUGCUCAUCACCUCUCGCACCCCACAAUGGAAAAAGAACCGGGUGACUGUGUAUGAAUAUGAUAUUAGGGGAGACCAAUGGAUUAAUAUAGGUACCACAUUAGGCCUCUUGCAGUUUGAUUCUAACUUUUUUUGCCUCUCUGCUCGUGUUUAUCCUUCCUGCCUUGAACCUGGUCAGAGUUUUCUCACUGAAGAAGAAGAAAUACCAAGUGAGUCUAGCACUGAAUGGGACUUAGGUGGAUUCAGUGAGCCAGACUCCGAGUCAGGAAGUUCAAGUUCUCUUUCUGACGAUGAUUUUUGGGUGCGUGUAGCGCCUCAGUGAAAUGCACAGGAUCAGCAGGGUUUGUUGUAACUGAAUUGAAACACUAAGUUGUUUUUACUGUUUUGGAAAAUAUCUUAAAUAUCUUUUUUGUUCCUAAAGGAAAGGAAAAGUUGAUUAACUGCUGGUUUGGUUUAGAAAAAGUAAUAUUUGAAAUACGAGGGUAAUUUAAUAUUACAAAUUUUAACACUCAAAUCAACCUUUUAAUAAUUUUCUGUGCUAAGGGUCCAGUAUUUAUUUGAUUAUUUAGUAUGUUUAUGUUUGAUGAUACUAAUUUAGUCUUUUGAUAAAUUUUACAUUCUGUUUACUGCCACAAGCUUAUCUUUUUCUUCGGAACAAUGUAGAUUUCCAAAAUGGUUAACCUAAGGGGUCUUUGCAAAAUGUGUUAUAAGUUAAACAUAAUUUGGGAAGUUUUACUUUUGUUUUCUUCUAUGAAGAAAAAAACGCAGGCCGGGCGCGGUGGCUCACGUCUGUAAUCCCAGCACUUUGGGAGGCCGAGGCGGGUGGAUCACCUGAGGUCAGGAGUUCAAGACCAGCCUGGCCAACAUGGUGAAACCCCAUCUCUACUAAACAUUCAAAAAUUAGCUGGGCCUGGUGACGUGUGCCUGUAAUCCCAGCUACCUAGGAGGCCAAGGCAGGAGAAUUGCUGGAACCCGGGAGUCAGAGGCUACAGAGAACCGAGAUUGGGCCACUGCACUCCAGCCUGGGUGACAGAGCAAGACUCCGUCUCAAAAAAAAGUAUAUGUGUGUUAGAGUGACUGAAUGAUGAUUUCAUUUAUAAUAAUACAGAGAAUAGCUAUAAGCUCAUUGACAGUAAAAACAACAAACCAGGAUUCUGCUGUUUGAAAAGAAGUUUCGUUUUAAUUUUGGAAUUUAGGAUAUAGAUUUGCAAAGUGACCAGUUUUCAUCUAAAAAAUUAUAUUCUGGUUGUGUCACCAAAUCAUCAAAAAACUUUAAAAAAGAAGUAACUUGCUUUGUAGAUUUGUAUUGUUGAUCUAAACCUGAUACAUGCUUCGUUUAAUCAGAGGAAUAAUCCUUUUUUCCGCUGGACAUGUAUAAAUUUCACUGGAUUGUAUAAAUUUUUAUCUAUUGCCUUAAAAAUGUAUGUGAUUCUCAAUAUGUUUUAGCUGCACAGUUUUGGUGUUCAUCUUAGAGGAUUCUUCAGCAGAAGUGAUAUUUCUUUACUGUUUUGUGAGGUAAUACUGAUUUUGAAAAGAUAUAUAAGCUAAAAACAAUAUUUCGUUGAUAUCAGUAGUCAUUGUGUUAACUAUAAAGUCAAGUGCCAGCAAAGAACUUUAAAACUAUAAAGCUGUGUAUAGAACUGUUUUGUGUAGCAUGAAAAUACUCUGUCAACUUUUUAAAGUCACUAAAUGUUCUUGAUUAUCAGCUUGAAGGUAUUUUUGUAUUACAAGUUGACAGUUGCUGGGUGUAGUGCCUCAUGCCUGUAAUCCUAGCAACUCAGGGGGCUGAGAUGGGAGGAUUGCUUCAGCCCAGGAGUUUGAGAGCAGCCUGGGCAACAUAGCAAAACCCCAUCUCUACAAAAAUAAAAAAUAUGUCUGGGAAUGGUGGCCCAAGUCUGUAGUCCCAGCUAUUCGGGAGGAUCACUUGAAUGUAGGAUCACUUGAGUCUGGGAGUUCAGGGCUGCAGCUAUGAUCGUGUCUCUGCACUCCAGCUUUGGCAACAGAGCAAGAUCCCCAUCUUUUAGAAAAACAAAGUUGAUAGUUAAAGAACAUAAGUGGAUGAUGGCAUUUGAGGCCACUGGUGAAAGUAUGUUUUCUCUAAAAUAUUUCUCUAAUAGUGAUAUAAAUGGCUAUUUUAUUAUGAUGUUUGUAUGUGUUUUGUAUUUCUCUGUAAACCGUGCUCCAGUCUUUGUUUGUCUGUUACCAUAAUGUGAGAGAAAGUCCAGGAACAGAGACUAAAUCCCACGAAACUGACAUUGUUAAACACACUAAAACAAAAGUACUUACCUCUUGAAGAUUUAAUAUAUAAUGGUUGACAUGAUACAUGUACAUGAUAAAUGACCAGAUGCUUAUGGUCUACAUUUUCUUUUAUCCUGUUAGUAUUACCUUCCUUAAUCUUUGUUCAUUAACAUGCUAAUUCCUCUUCAGUGUUUAUUUUCUAGUGACAGAAUGUUAAUAUUUGUUACACCCUGGCAGAAGGGAGAGAAAUGUGUUGGGGAUGGGUAACUAAAUUUUUGAGUAAAACAUCCUAAGAUGAGAAUGGAAGAGGGAGACACAAAAAGAGUUAUAACAAAAAACAAUGGUUUUUUUUAGCCAUUUGACUGGCUCUUUAAAUAGUCUACAAGACAUUCAUGUUUAACAUCACUUUCAGUGAAAUAAAAUGUGCCGUACUAGUAUGUGCUUCAAAAGGGCAGAUGUGCUUUAGUGCCCUAAGGCUAAAUUUUGGUCAUUUGACAUCAGAGAUGUUACAAGUAUUGCACUUAAUACGCGCCUGUUUCUCAAUAGUGUUAUUUUUUGGCUAGCAUUUUCUUUACCAUUAUCUUGUUGAUAGCUUUUUGUUCUCUAAGGUUGAAACAUGACAGUGCUAAUCUCAAACAGAUUACCCAUCUGCAGAAUUAAGGAAAGCAAUUUAUGUGUGAAAGACAUUCUCCAAUUCGUCAUUCUCAACCUUUGAAUUAAAGCUUAUACUAAAUAGUAGUAUAUCGUGGGAAGGAUUUUGGUUUUGUGAUAUUUCUGUAAAUUAAGGAAUAGAUGUUAACCAUUAUUUUGUAGAAAAGUGAUUUGUAUGUGGUUAAUUAUAAAUAAAACUGGUACCAGAA